AUGUCCUCGGUUGUUUCGUCCCGCUCCAGACGGGCCAAUGCUCGCCUCUUCACCAUCAUGGACUCAAUAUUCGCAAUCGCUUUCGGGCUCGGUCUCCGCUUCGUCGUCGACGCUGUCAGCCACCACGACUUUAAGCUCACAGGAACUCUCAUCGGUCUAUGGGAGGGCGUCAUUACCCUGCAUUUCGUCAAGAAAAUGCCCUCAUCUUUUGAUCCUUACGUCGCCUAUGGCGUUCGCAUGUUCGUCGAUUUCCUCGUAACAGAGAGCCUUUCCAGGCUUAUCCUCGUCGUCGUAUGGACCGGCCUCGGAAUGGUUCUCGCAGAUAUCACACCAGCUAUUUGGGCGGAUGUAGGCCUUCAUCGCAUUUGGAGGCGUUUUCGCCGUGACCUUUAUACCAUGUCCAGUUAUAUACCCAAAGUCGCUUUUUUCCCUAAAGCGCGCAUAGUCCGAUUCUCACCUUCCCGCCCACCUUCCGUCCUCGAACCCACCAGCGCCCCCGCUACAUCUGCUGCCCCACCACGAACCCGUAGACGACACGUCCCAGGGGACUUUCCAGACUUUAUUUCAGAAGCGGAUACAGACCUGGGAUCGAUUCUAGGCCGUCGCCCUGCAACCACGCUGGACACCUCCAGCGUACCUCGUCCAAGGACUGCACAGUACAGAUACUCAGGCAUACCCAUAAUACCACGCUCCGACGACGGGUCUACAGAUGUUUCCUCUCCCUCCACCCAGAACGACGACCUCGACGACGGGAAUCUCUCCUCCUCCGACUCUUCCUCAACGGAAGUCGACCCAUCCGCGUUCAACCCCUCAGAGAUCCCCGACGAAGAACACGCGGCCGCAGCGCAGGAGGUGGUCAUAGUUGAAGCAAGUCCAGGCGCAGCCGUAGCCGCAGACGAUCAAACCACACCCAAGCAGAAAUACGUCCCAUUUCCGUUCCCUCCAACACCCUCUGACUCUGCCGCCCGGUUCGACUUGCGUAUCCAACCCAACCAACGCGAUCUGGAGCCUGAUUUGCCGGUGCCGCCACACACGGCGGGGCUGGAGCAGAUCCCUGACUUGUCGGAUGAUUGGGAGAAUAUAGCAACGGAGGAAGCGAUCAUGUCUUCUGACGAACGGCCGCCCACUCCACCUGCAAAAGACGAUUUACCAGCUGCGUAUCGGGACAAAGGCAAAUCUCGACUAAAAGUUGAACAUCCUUCCACGUCAACGUCAUCUUCAACGUUAACGUCGCGAGAUUUGGCUCGUGAGUGGGGUGUUCCGAAUCCAAAUGCACAACCCGUGGCCGCGGCUCCGAUCGAGUCGACCCUUCUUCCCUCGACAUUUCUCUCAAGCCCACUUGUUCCUCCUACCGGCGAUCUUAUAAGUCUCGAGAACAACAGCGACCCUUCACCUCCUUAUGAUGACGACUUGUAUGUCAUUGACGAUUUCACGCAUAACGAUAACCCCAACACCAACACCGCGGCGGGACCGUCUCACGUUUCUGCGAGCGGCUAUUUGAACGAGAAACCUCCUUAUGACGACGAGCUGUAUGUUGUCGAUGAUUACGAUAACCCCAACGCCAACGCCGCCGGACCAUCUCACGUUUCUGCGAGCGGCUAUAUGAAUGAGAAAGGUCCUAAUAACGAAACACUUACGAUGCAUACCGAUACCACUGAUGAUAGUGCUGCUGAUGGAGAUGCAAGAGGGGAGUCGUCGACUGUUGUAGUUGACCAUGAGGAGGAGUUUAGGCGUAUGAGGGAAGAGAAUCAGAGGAAGUGGGAUGAGCAGGAGAAGAGGGAGAAGGAGGAGUGGGAGAGGAAGCAGAGGGAAGAAGCGCGACUGGCGGAGGAGGAGAGAAGGAAAGCGGAGGAGGAGAAACAGAGGGCGGAAGCACAACGGGAGGAGGAAGAAAAGAAAUGGAGAGCGGAGGAGGAGGGAAGGAUUGCAGAGGAGGAGAGGCAGAGGGUGGAAGCACAGCGGGAGGAGGACGAAAAGAAAAAGAAAGCGGAGGACGAGAAAAGAAAAGAGGAGCAGGAGAAAAUUCGAUUAGCGAAAGCAGAGGAGGAGAAGAAAAAGAGGGAGACGAGCAACGAGAGAAGGCGGAAGUUGUCGGAGAAGAAGCGUUUAGAUGAUGAGGCGAAAGAAAAGAAGCGUUUGGAAGAACAGGCGAAAGAGGUCGCGAAGCGUUUGGAGGAGGAAGCGAAGAAACAGAUGGAAGAGGAGGAGGCGGCGAAGAAACAGAAGGAAGAAGAGGAUGCGCGACUGGCAGACGAAAAAAAGCCAGCGGAGGAAGAGGCUCUGAAAGAGAAGCAGCGUCUUGCAGAUGAGCAAAGCCAAGAAGCAGCGAGGGAGGCCCUUGCAUCCGGCACAACUGGAGAACAAACCGAGGAACAAACUCAGCAGGCAGGAGGUGCAGACCAAGAAAUCGUGCAUACACCCAAGCAACAAAAGGUUCCCUUUUCCACAUCCCAAGAACCAAGCGCUGAAGACGACAUUGCGGAAUCCGUGAUCACGGAGGCUAGUAUGGCCCCUAAAGAUGCAAAGGAACGCCUAAAGCAAGCAAUUAUUCUCCGUGCUCAGAUGUUCGAAACUGAGAAGGCUAUCGAGGGUCUCAAGGACCAGCCAGAUAAGGAGGACGAGCUGAAAGGUGCAGAAAAGACGCUUAGGAAGAUGGAGAGGAAGGCUAAGCGGAGAUAUGAAUCCGUCAUACCUACCCUCAAGCAGGAAGAGCUUAGCUUGGACCCAUUAGCGCCAAAGGAUGCGGAAAGGAUGUUGGAAGCGACGUUGGAAGCGCUGAUUACGCCAGAGAGUAGGGCUCUCAGUUUGGACAUAACUCUGGGCAAGUCGAAGCUAGGCAGUAAGCAGAGGCCUAACAUUACGAAGGUUCUUGAUGAAUUCCAACUCUUCUCAUACACGACGGCGGAUGCGAGGAACGGGAAAAUACUCCACGUCACGGUUUCUGAUGCGGAUUACUCCACAUGGGUUGCAAAGUACCGACAGGAGGCGUCGAAGCAGGAUGCAGACGACGACGAUGACAUUUGGCGCUAG